AUGGCCACUGCGACUUUCAAUGCACCGUAUGAGAUAGCACGCAAGACCAAAGUGUUGGGAGCCUCAGACAGCAGCCUCUCGAAGUUGUCUGCGUGGAAACGCCUGGAGUUCCUAUACGAGAAGUACGGCAACGAGUCCAUCUUGUCGCAUUUCGAGAAGGAUCAGCAGCGCUUCAGUCGGUACUCGAUUGAGGUUCCACUACAGUGUGACGACAAUUUUCUCUUCCUCGACUACUCCAAGUCACACAUCAACGACGAAGUUAAGGAUGCGUUGGUGGCGUUGGCCGAAGAGCGUGGUGUUCGAGCGUUUAUCAAGGCUAUGUUUGAUGGACAGCAGGUGAAUUCCACUGAGAAGCGUGCAGUACUGCAUGUGGCGCUGCGCAACCGCAGCAACCGGGCUAUCAACGUCAACGGCAAGGAUAUAAUGACUGAUGUGAACCUCGUGCUUGCCCAGAUGAAGGAUUUUACCGACAAAGUUCGCAGUGGAGAGUGGAAGGGUCAAACGGGCAAGUCUAUUCACUAUAUCGUCAACGUUGGGAUUGGCGGCAGCGACCUUGGCCCGGUCAUGGUGUACGAGUCGCUGAAGCCGUUCUCCAUGCGUGACAUGCACUGCUUUUUUGUCUCCAACGUCGAUGGCACGCACAUGGCUGAGGUUUUGAAGCAGGUUAACAUGGAGGAGACCAUCUUUAUUAUUGCAAGCAAGACGUUCACUACCCAAGAAACGUUGACGAAUGCCAUGUCUGCACGCAACGCCUUCAUAGACUACCUCAAGUCAAACAAUAUCCCGUCGGAUGGCGCUGUUGCGAAGCAUUUUGUUGCCAUCUCGACCAAUGCGAAAGAGGUUCGCGAGUUUGGCAUCGAUACGGCUAACAUGUUUGAGUUCUGGGACUGGGUGGGUGGCCGCUACUCUGUGUGGUCCGCCAUUGGUCUCUCUGUGAUGCUUUCGAUUGGCUAUGAGAACUUUGUAGAGUUUCUGACUGGCGCGCACGUCAUUGAUAACCACUUUGCGUCAGCGCCGGUGGAGCAGAAUUUGCCGAUGAUGCUGGCUUUGGUCGGGAUCUGGUACAAUAACUUUUUCGGCGCGGAGACCCAGGCGGUGCUUCCGUACGACCAGUACCUGUGGCGCCUGCCGGCCUACCUUCAGCAGCUGGACAUGGAGAGCAACGGCAAGGGUGUGACCAAGAAGUCGGGCGCGGUGACUGUGCAGACGGGCCCGAUCAUCUUCGGUGAGGCUGGCACUAAUGGCCAGCACGCAUUCUAUCAGCUCAUUCACCAGGGCACCAAGAUCAUCCCGUGCGAUUUCAUCGGGUGCGUCCAAACGCAGAACCGCGUGGGCGACCACCACCGGAUCCUGAUGAGCAAUUUCUUUGCACAGACGGAGGCGCUCAUGGUUGGAAAGAGCGCGGAGGAAGUUCGUCAGGAACUCGUCAAGUCUGGUAUGCCGUCUGAUGCUAUUGAGUCCCUGCUUCCGCACAAAACGUUUACAGGUAGCCGUCCCAGCAACUCGAUCCUGGUGAAUGCUCUCACACCGCGUGCUCUGGGUGCCAUCAUCGCCAUGUACGAGCACAAAGUCCUUGUACAAGGUGCGAUCUGGGGCAUCAACAGCUAUGACCAGUGGGGUGUGGAGCUUGGUAAGGUGCUUGCCAAGUCUAUCCUGCCGCAACUCAAGUCCGGCAAUAUCGUUUCCAACCACGACGGCUCUACAAAUGGCCUGAUCAACAUGUUCAACACUCGCGCACAUCUGUGA